UAUAUUUUGGAAUCAAUAGUGCGAGCAAGGAACAUAAAUCCCACUCUAAGAUCGGAUCUUCAACCUGCGAAACCAAUACAACCUAAAUCUACCUCAACACCGACUAAGAAAAUAUAGCAGAUCCCCAACAUAUACAGGGUCUUUUUUCUACAACUUGCUGCCUGAAAACCUGAAAUCAAUCACAAGAAAUUGAGUUUUUGUAAAACAGCUCAGAGGAUAUUUGACUGACCGGCCAUUACUACAUAAAUGAAUUUGUAGAUGAACACACCUACAUACACAGGAGAUAAUCCUUAUAAUCAUGACGACUUCUGCAGCCAUAGGACUGCUGGGAAGACGGAUAAAGUAAAACCUUUGUCACGAGCUGGCCCCAUUGACAGACCUGUUUCACGCUGGGGUGUGGGAGGGGACGAGCGACCUUAUUCAAAGAGUGGAAAUUUCAAUGAAAAGGGAGAGAUUGAUUCCAGACCAAUAUCCAGGAGAGGAAUUAAGUACGUCGCUAUGCAGGAGGUAGGUUCACCCGGAAGUCCAGUGGCGGCUCCAGAGCAGCCGAUCAUUCGCAACAUGCGUCCUCCGUCCAGUUCUGCCUUUAGCGGCGGAACAGCCACUCGGCUCACGUCCGCCAUGAUGCAGAACUACCCCAUGACUGGAUCCCGCACAUCUCUCAGUCUCAUAGGAUCACAGGUGAACGUGCGAGAUCGACUAGUGUCACAGCAAGGCCUGAGCAGUGUGCGUACGGCCACAGCGCGUGGUCCACACACUCGCCAAGUGCAGGACAAGCGAUACUUCGAGUCGCUGCUGCAGUUGAAAUGCAGAGAUCUCACCAACGAAGUCACUCGGCUCAAGAGGCAGAUCGAGAUAGAUGCUAGGGAGCACGCCACCUACCUUGUCUAUGACAAACGGGUCAAAGAGAUGGCUGCUGAGUUGACUGAGCUGCAAGGCAAACUGUCCGACUACAAUCUGGUAGUGGAUAAGCUGAACACGGGUACCGAGAGGGGGGAAAUCGUGGCCGAGGCACGUGACCUAGCUGUGGCCAAUCAGGCCGAGGCUCAGGCGGUGGAGGCACUCUUCGCCGAACGAUCAAGGAGGCAGAGCCAAGUGGCGCAACUCGAGAAGGAGAUCCAGCAGGGAAGACAAGUAGCUGAGAAUUUGGUUACGCAAAUGAAGCCUAACAUAAGGGAGCACUACAACACUUUGCAAAAGGAAAGCACAGAGUUGCAGCAACAAAUGGAUCAGUUACAACGGGAAUUGGAUUCUCUCAAUGCGACAAAGAGCAGCCUUGAAGACCAAAUUUGCAUUUCACCAGUGAAACAAGAAGCAGUACGACUAUAUGAAAAGCUGGCAGAGUUGGAGCAGAGGAAAGCGACACUAAUUGAAGAGGCUAAGAAUCGCGAAACACCGGCCCAAGAGCGAGAGACACUGCUGACCAGAGUGAGAGAGGACAACGCUGAGAUUGCUAGCAUGGAGCGCGCCAUGUCCGAACUCAGAGAGCAGAUUCGACUGGCCGAUACCACUUUGGAGCAGGCUGAUCAGGACCUAAACGAGAGCCACAGCGAGCGUCACGCCAAGUACCUGGAGCUGCGCAAGCGAGAGGAGACGAUGGAAACGUUUCUGGCGACGUGGGAGGAGAGCCGAGCCAGCGAGACGCAGCGGCUGACUGCGCUGGAAGAGAGCAUCGUGACCGCGUUGGCCGCCAUCAGUCGCCGCUUGGCUGCGCUGCCGACGCAGGCUGACUACCAGGCGGUGGUGGCUGACGAGCUGUAUCACGGCACACCGCCAAAGUCGGCCGACAGCCAAGCCAGCUCUGGCCGCACCGUCGACUCACUCACCCAGCAACAUGCCCACAUGACUGUCUACUUGAACAAGAUGGAAGUGAUGGACACUAAGGUUCGAACCGAGCUGGAGAAUUUGCGCAAUAGUUUGGCCAAGAUGAAAGAGGAAAUGAAAAUAUAUUCUGAUCUCGACAAACUGCGAGCAACACAUGAAGAGAAACGCACCUCACUCACAAAGAGUCUCAACGAAUUAAAAACAGUGCAGCCAGACGUUAGUUCUACGCUCAUCAACUCGAAAAACAAGCAUGAGAAGUUGGAGAAAGAACUGAUGGAAAACGAAACUCAUAUACAACUGAGCAACCUGGAACGUAAGCUGAUUCAAUUGGAGCAGAACAAUUUCGGAGUGAAAGAAUACAUUGCUGUCUGCGCCACCGAAUCUGACUACGAAACUGUGCGCAAAGAAACACUCUCACUUGUUACUGAGUUGAACAAGAAUAUUUGUGCGAACUUGGCACAAACCGCAGUUUAAAAUGUAAUUCCACGGUUAAAGAUCAGUGAGAACACUCAAAAUAAAUUAUUUACAGUAUUCAAAAAUGUAAUAAUCUAGCUUGUUCUAAGAUACUGCUCUAACUAAAUAAGUGCCUCCGAUCGAGCAGACCUCUGCUAUUCACGUAUUUCUCAUUAUCUUGAAAUAAAUAUUAUGAUACCAAUAUUCUAUCUUGUGUUUGUAUGAAUUUCCUAGAUAACUUAAAUGAUCUUCCGAACGGAAGAUGUCAGGAACUUGUCAGGAUCUUGCACGAAUUGAGAGACACUGACUUAAUUGUACCUACACUCGAAUUGGUGGUUUGAUUUUUCUUAAUCAAUGAUAGUUUAUGAAUGGUUUCAAUCUGCUCUUAUCUUUGUUUGAAUGACUGAUUGAUUAUAUUAAUUAUUAAAUCAAUAUCCAAUAAUAGUAUUAUGCUAAAGGAUCAACUGAUUUUGUAAGAUUCAUGGAAAGACAGUUGAUGUUUUGAAGUGUUUUUU